UUCUAGUUUGUUCCACGAUUUCCCGACGGGUGGCAACCCUGACACGUCUGGAACUGUGAAUAGUGUAUUGGAGGUCUUCUGUUUGUCAGUGGUGGGAGCCUCUUCAGUAUAUAAGUUGUAGGAAGCCGGGUCGGCAACAAACCAUACAACCUGAAGAAGACCCUUUUUUGAACCGGAAUAGGAACUGCGGGAAACUCAAGUCAGUAUUGUGAAGUGUUUUAUAUCAAAUACUAAGCAAAAUGGGCAAAGAUUAUUAUUCAAUUUUGGGUUUGUCUAAGGGUGCCUCUGAUGAUGACAUCAAGAAAGCUUAUAGGAAAAUGGCACUCAAAUAUCAUCCUGAUAAGAAUAAAUCUGCUAAUGCAGAGGAAAUGUUCAAAGCAGUUGCCGAAGCCUAUGAGGUACUGAGCGAUAAAAAGAAGCGAGAUAUAUAUGACCAGUAUGGCGAAGAAGGUCUGAAAGGUGGUGUACCAGGAGCCCCAGGUGGUGAUGGCACUCACUUCACAUACACUUUUUCAGGUGACCCCAGAGCUACCUUCCAACAGUUCUUUGGCACUAAUGAUCCAUUUGCCCAGUUUUUCAAUAUGGGAGUUGAUGGACAUGGUGCACAAAUCUUUGAAGAAAUGGACGUGGAAGAUGACCCAUUCGUUCAUAUAAUGGGUGGAGGCAUGGGGGGACACAGAAUGGCUGGCGGCACAAGACGAUCCUUUAGUUUUAGUCCUCAGGAUGCUUUUAGACCCCCUGAAGGAAAAGGACAUCAGGAUCCUCCCAUCAUUAAAGACCUUUUUGUUUCACUAGAGGAUGUGGCACAAGGAGCAACAAAGAAAAUGAAAAUCACACGCAAUGUCGUAGGUGGAGAUGGUUUGUCCAGGAAGGAAGAGAAGAUUCUAACCAUAAAUGUUAAGCCAGGCUGGAAAGAAGGCACAAAAGUCACCUUUGAGCGAGAGGGUGACCAAAUACCCGGAAAGAUUCCUGCCGAUAUUGUCUUUGUAAUUAAAGAUAAACCAAAUGCAAUGUUCAAGAGAGAUGGAGCAAAUGUAAUAUAUACUGGACAGAUUUCACUCAGACAAGCACUGUGUGGUGGUCAAAUAGUUGUGCCUACAUUAGAUGGCACCACAGUAAGUCUUGAUCUCUCUAAUGAGAUUGUAAAUCCAAAAACCACUAAAAGAUUACUGGGGUAUGGGUUACCCUAUCACAAGGAACCCAACAGAAAGGGAGACAUAAUUAUUCACUUUGAUAUUCUCUUCCCAGCAACACUUAGUGAUAGUACCAAGGAAAUUUUGUCUGAAGUAAUCCCACUUUAGGACAUUGAGCCAGGUUCUCUGAAACCUCACAAAAAGUCUGCAGCAUUCCACUUGCUUCUGGGUUGUGCAAAGCCAUUUAGAGUUCUUUGUUGUCAAUUACACAAAAAAGAUUAUUAGAUUUAAGAUGCUUCUUAUUCAUUCAGUAACUUAUUACAUCCAAGUUAUAUAAGAAAACAGAGAAAGGCCUUUUUAUUGUCCAACUACUAGUUUAUUAAUGGGUUCAUUUGGAAUGAUAAUAUUUAUUGGUAGCUAACUUUGCUUUAUUUCUAAAUUGUAAAUGCUAAAAUUACAUUCACUUAUUGUAGUUCAUAGUGAGCUACGACUUUUAUUGCCAUAAUCUCACCAACUUUUUUGGAAAUAAUCAUCUCAAUAUAAAAUAUGGCUUGAAUUCCAUUGUCAAAUUGUGAAGUACUUUGCCCAGUCUUCCUUGUACAAGGGAGUAGAUUUCGCUUGAAGAUCACUACUUGAAUCACAUAACAGUGUGGAGAAAGGAGAAUUGUUUAAGGACAUUGGCACAACUUUCCCAGUUAGAAUUGCAUCAAUUUUGAGACUAUGAACGUCAACAUUCAAGGGAGAGGAAACUACUCUGUGGUGGAUCUGCAACAUAUGGUAAAGCUGUCAUUUAUUAGAAUGUGUUUUUAAACUAUAAAUGUAUAGUAUGGUUUAUCAAGGGUAUAUUCAUUGCUUUAGCUUUAUAUUAAGCAGUGUGUGGUAAUGAUAAACUGAGAGAAUAUAUCUUAUUGAAUAUUUUCUUUUUUAAAGGAGCUUACAUGCUCUGGUUGAUUCUCAUUGGAAUCUCUUCUAUCAAGUUAGAUUUAAAAGUAUUGGAUUGAGUGGGAAUAAUUUUACAUUGUACUACUGCAUUUACAUACAUAUACGUAGUUAAUUGUAUGUACUGGUAUGUAUAUGUGAAGUGCAAAUGAUAAUUACUGUAGGCACAGUAAUAUGUAUAUGUAUUCAUUUUUUAUUCUUUAAUUUUUUUGCAUAGAUUUGCCAUGUUAAACUGAACACAAGUCCUCAUUCCUAAUGAAUUCAUGAUAUUUGAUGUGUUUAAUAAUUAUUAGUGUUCCCACCCCUUCAGCCUUACUAUACUAGUGUAAUGGGGUUAUAACUAGUCAGGAACUGUCCUUGUAUUGAAAAGUACAGUACUUGGGAAUUUCUUUUCAUCCCUUUUCUAUUUGAAGUGCUUUAGUGUAUUGUUUUUAAACUUGAUUUCAUUUCUAUGUUAGGAAUGGAAAGUCAUCUCUUUGUUUUCGAGAAAGUUUGUUGUUUUUUCAGGAGUGAUUUUGAGUACAAUCUAUAAUGUAAAUUGGUGGUAUGAUUGUGUUAUUUUAUUGUUGUCAAAGUUUUGCAGUGUAUUUUACACAGUACAUGGUUUACAUUGUUAUGUUGAAACUUAGUUACCUCAAGAGUGGAAUAUUGGAGAACUCUAGUCUUUUUUUAGUAUUAGAUCAUAUUCUCUGUAAAAUAUUGUUCAUUCUACUGUGUCUCAUCAAUUAUGGAAUUUAAAUGGCUUAUGGUGUGUAGUAGCUACUUUGAUUAAUGAAUGGUUAUAUGCCAGAAAAAAAUGUUAACUACAUAUUGUUUAAGCCAUUUUGUUAGUUUUCUGCAUUUCACUCAAGUCUUUCUGAUGACAGUGGAUAAGUUUCUUCACUGCCAAAAGUAUCAGCAGUUGAAUGUUGAUUUGGUGAUGUACUUUUUUUUUUUUCACUGUCUGAUGUUGAAUUCCAAAGUAUAUUUUUAUGCCUCUUAGUAUUACUGUCUUGUGUAAGUGCAGCUUCAUAAAUAUACCAAAGAAUAGCAUAUCACAAGUGUUAAGAUAAAAGCCAAUAAAAUGUUAUGAUGAUCUUUUAAA